AUGGAUGGUGACUGGGAGGAAGUCGGGCGGUUGCUCCUCCCGCCCCCAGGGCAUAAUGCCCUUCCUACCCCCGCUACCGCGAUGGGAUUCGACUCUUCCCAGGAACUCAUAUGGCUUGGGAACGAAUUCGGGCGCGUCUCGAGCUUCUACGGCACCGAUCUCACACGAUAUACCUCAUUCAGAGCCGGGGAAGGCGCUGUACGGCAGCUGCUAUUUCAUGAGAAAGGCAUCAUAGCAUUAUGCCCGCGAAGUGUUCAUAUGGCCACUCGACGUGGACCGCCCCUCUGGCAUAUCCAACAUGACGAGAUGAAAGACCUCCGAUGUAUGAGCUACACAUCCAAAGGCGCAUCCGAAAUACUCGUUGCUGGGCUGCAGGACCAGAUGUUUACAAUCGACGUGGACAAAGGAACAAUUACGAAACAGAUACCCACGAACGAUCACUAUACCAUCAUGAAGCGGAGCCGAUAUAUAUGUGCAGCCACAAAAGGGGGGUCCGUCAACAUUCUCGAUUCAGUAACUUUCAACCUUAUCAAGACAUGGAAUGCCCAUUCCUCGCUCAUUAACGAUAUGGACGCCCAGCAUGAUUUCAUUGUCACUUGUGGGUAUUCUCUCCGGCAGCAGCAGUCCUACAUGCUUGACCCUCUAGUCAACGUAUUUGACUUGAAAAACAUGAUUUCCAUGUCACCUAUUCCGUUUCCUGCCGGUGCGGCGUACGUUCGCAUGCACCCUCGCAUGUCAACGACAAGUAUCGUCGUAUCACAGCUUGGCCAAAUGCAUAUAGUCGACUUAAUGAACGUAAAUACCAGCAACGUAAGACAAGCGAACGUGUUGACGUAUUUGAGCAUGGUCGAAAUUGCGCCAUCAGGAGAGGCCAUUGCACUCGUUGACGGAGAGUCUAACCUUCAUCUUUGGGGUUCCCCAUCCCGAACACGAUUUGCAGAGCUCAGUAAUCCAGUUGAGUUUGCUGAGCCAGAGGAAACCGUACAACCGUUGGAUUGGAGCGUUGAUACCCCCCUCAAUAGUAUUGGCAUGCCAUACUACCGAGAACAACUGUUAUCCGCCUGGCCGAGCCAUAUGAUUUUUGAGGUGGGCGCGCCGCCUCCCAAGAUCGACCCCCUUUUGAUGGCCUCACUGAAGGUUACGGAGUGGGGUGGCUACGGUCGAAAUACACGGGGCAUGAAGAGAAACCAGGUUGAGAAUACUAGAACUACAGAAAAGACAUCUACAUGUCUUCAAGCCCCCAAGUUUUUGAGUGAAAAGGCCAGGGAGGCUGCUAAUGAUGCGUCACUCGAGCGGCGGAUAAGUGAUGCUGCCGAUGCUAUUGGAACUGCAGAGCUAUCGAGUAUGAGAGCUGAGGUUCCGGUAAUGUAUCGAAAUGUUGAAAUUAAGUACAGCAAGUUUGGAGUGGAUGACUUCGACUUUGGCUUUUAUAACAAAACCACAUAUUCUGGACUUGAGAUCCACAUCUCAAAUUCUUACGCCAACCCGCUACUUCAAGUCAUGCAUUUUACUCCCCUAAUCCGGAACCUAGCAUUACAGCACACGGCAACCGCAUGCGCCAAUGACUUGUGUUUGCUAUGUGAAAUGGGGUUUCUGUUCGACAUGCUUGAAAAGGCCGAGGGAUCCAUUUGUCAAGCUACAAACAUGUUGAAGACACUGAGUAAUCACCCUCAAGCCGGGCCCUUGGGUCUCCUCGAAGAAGAUGCCCCUGGCUCUAACCUCACAACAAUGCUUCAAGGCUUAAAUCGAUUUUUGCUCGAUAGAAUCACACAAGAUUAUAGAAGCAUCCCGCCAUUUACUCCUGCUUUUGACCAUGUCUUAGCAACUUCCGCCACGACUGCGAUACGUUGUAUGAAUUGUCGUAGUGAGCAUACGAGGCCGGGUACUACUUUUGUGAAUGACCUAGUCUACCCCUUACCAAAACUCGGUGUACGAAAUGCCCGGGCUCCAAAGGUAUCCUUCUCACAAGUUUUGAAAUCGAGUGUAGAGCGUGAAACGACAAGUCGAGGGUGGUGCAGCAGAUGCCAACGCUACCAAUCCCUUGCAACCCGCAAGACGAUCCAUAGUGUUCCCGCUGUCCUUAUGCUAAACGCUGCGGUUAACACCGCCGAGGCAAAGCAACUUUGGGCUACACCGGGCUGGCUACCUGAAGAGAUAGGGAUCAUUGUCGACCAGGGCCAAUUCUUCUGCUACCAAGGCGAAGAUUUGAAACUUCAUCUACAGCGUGGCAUACACAAUAUUACAGUCUACUCUUUAAUCGGUCUAGCGGCCGACAUCGAUAGUGGACAACAGCAGAAGUCCCAUCUCGUCUCCCUCGUGAAUGUUGCACAUUCCAAGCCUGCGGCUCCGGAAGAGAGUCAGUGGCAUCUUUUCAAUGAUUUUCUGGUUAGGCCGAUCAAGGCAGAAGAGGCCUUGACGUUUAAUACGUCUUGGAAAAUUCCCUCUGUCAUCACAUACCAAGUUAAGGUCGCCAAUAACCGCAUUGACAACACUUGGAAGCAGAGUUUGGAUACUUCUCUGCUUUACGUAGACCAUAACACCAGUCCUGGCACGAAAACCUACCGCCCCCUAACCCCCCAGGAAGCGCCCCAGGAAGGAACGGUUGUAGCUCUAGAUACCGAAUUCGUCGCUGUCCGCCAACCCGAAAUUGAAAUGAACUCUGACGGCGAGCGCGAAACCAUCCGCCCCAUAGUCUACGCUCUCGCACGUGUGUCUGUCAUCCGUGGCGCGGGCGAAGACGAAGGCGAACCGUUUAUUGACGAUUACAUUGCAUCCAAAGAACCCAUCGUUGACUACCUAACCUCAUAUUCGGGCAUCGUGCACGGCGAUCUCGACCCCAGACUCUCAAAACAUAACAUCGUCCCGCUAAAAGUGGCCUACAAGAAACUAUGGAUCCUGCUCAACCUAGGCUGCAAGUUCCUCGGUCACGGUCUGAAGCAGGAUUUCCGCGUCGCCAAUAUCCACGUCCCUAAACCGCAAAUCAUCGACACGAUCGACUUCUUCUUCGUCAAGGCACGGCUGCGCAAGCUAUCUCUCGCGUUCCUUGCCUGGUACCUCUUGAAGGAAGAUAUCCAGCUCGAGACGCACGAUAGUAUCGAGGAUGCACGCACCGCGCUGAAGCUUUAUCGGAAGUACCAAGAGUUUCAGGAUGCGGGGAUCCUAGAGACUAUGCUGGCGGAUAUCUAUCGAAAAGGAAGGGAGAUGAAUUAUAAAGCCCCGAAUGCUAAGCGCGACGGGGUUGUAGUUGAGCGAACAGAGACUCCGCCAAUUCCUGGAGAUAAUGGCGGCCGCGCAGGUGGAAAUGGCAACGGUCAAGCACUAGCACCAAGUAAUCCCACAACACCUGUCCGGAGGCCAAUGGGUCUUGCCCCCGGGACAGGAGGCUCAAAUUUCGGGUCCGGGUCGGGAUGGACGCCUGGGAAGGGUUCUACACUCGGAGGAUCGCCGUUGAAAUAG